AUGACUGGAAGAGCCAGAGCAAGAGCCCGAGGUUUCUGCAGAAGCCCGGAAUUGAGACAGCUGGGACAGCCACAGCCCGCAUCAUGGAGUCAUCCUACUGUGCCUGACAGCGAAGCCUCGACCAGCACAGAUCUGGGAACUGAUAGGAUUCCACAGAGGCUCAAAGAAGGUGUAUCUGUUGGAGAUGGGGCUGGAAGUACUCUUAUCCAAAAAGGAGGGAAAACCUGGAAUAGUUUUCUGGAAUUGGGAAUCCACACCAGGGAGAAGUUGGCACAUGUCAAAGACUCUAAAACAGGUUCCACUGGUGUUCCGGUGAAACUGGUCACUAAUCUCUUUAAUCUAGUUUUGCCCAGAGAAUGGCAUCUCUUCCAGUAUCAUGUGGUGUUCAGUCCAGAGUUAGCGUCCAAACGACUGAGAAUUGCUUUGCUUUACAGUCACAGUAAAUUCCUGAAAAAGGCCAAAGUCUUUGAUGGCACCAUGCUUUUUCUCUCAGAAAAGCUAGAAGAAAAGGUCACAAAACUGUCAGGUGAAACUCAAAAAGGCAUUUAUGUAACAAUUACUAUUACAUUAAUAAGUGAGCUACCAUCAAGUUCUCCCACGUGUAUUCAGGUUUUCAAUAUUAUCUUCAAAAAGGUCUUACAGAAGCUGUCUAUGUACCAAAUUGGACGACACUUUUAUAGUCCUUCAGAUCCAGUGGAAAUUCCUCGACACAAACUGUCCCUGUGGCCCGGGUUUGCCGUUUCCGUCUCACAGUUUGAAAGUAAGCUCAUGUUCGCUGCCGAUGUGAUUCAUAAAGUCUUACGUAAUGAGACCGUUCUUGAAUUCAUGACUGGUCUGUAUAACAGAAAGGACAAGUCGCACUUCAUAGAAACCUGUGAAAAGGAGUUGCUAGGAUGUAUUGUUCUCACAAGGUACAAUAACAGAACUUAUCGGAUUGAUGACAUUGAUUGGUCUGUGAAGCCGACUGACACUUUUCAGAGACGCGAUGGCAUCAAGAUCACUUAUUGUGACUAUUAUAAACAGCAAUAUGAUAUCAGCUUAUCAGACCUGAGCCAGCCAAUGCUUGUUAGUCAGUUGAAAAGUAAAGGAAUUGACAGUGGUGAAGCCCGGAUUGCCCACCUGGUUCCUGAGCUCUGCUUUCUCACAGGUUUGAGCAAAAAAGUGACUUCAGAUUUCCGCUUGAUGAAGGACCUGGCUACAGAAACUUGUCUGAACCCUAUUCGCAGGCAACAGAGACUGUCCAGACUUGCCGAUAACAUUCAGAGAAACACGGAGGCUCGUUUUGAACUAGAGACCUGGGGGCUCCAGUUUGGAUGCCAGAUGUCUCUGACAGGCCGGGUAGCUCCUUCAGAAAAAAUACUGAUGCUGGACAGCAUAUGUCAGCCCAUGUCUGCUGCUGAUUGGUCGAGGGACAUGCGCCACUACAAGUUAUUAGGAGUCCAGCCUUUGAAUAACUGGCUAAUUGUGUGUAGCCACAGAAAUGAAGAUGUGGCCGAGAGCCUCCUGAGCUGCUUAAGAAGAGUGAGCGGUCCCAUGGGAUUUCACUUUGGGAAGCCGAAAAUCAUCAAAGUUCAAGAAAACACAGCGGCAUUUAUGCGGGCUAUACAACAGCAUACAAACCCUGAUGUACAAUUGGUGAUGUGUAUCCUUCCUUCAAAUCAAAAGGACUGCUAUGAUUCAAUUAAAAAGUUUUUGAGCCUGGAUCAUCCAAUCCCAAGCCAGUGUGUUCUGGCUCGAACCCUGAGCCGGCAAGGAAUGAUGAUGAGCAUUGCCACGAAGAUUGCAAUGCAGGUGGUCUGCAAGCUUGGAGGAGAGUUGUGGGCAGUAGAGAUACCGCUCAAGUCGCUCAUGGUGGUUGGGAUUGAUGUCAACAGAGAGACGUGCGCCAGGGGACGUUCUGUAGUUGGAUUUGUAUCCAGCAGCAAUUCCGGAAUCACCAGAUGGUUUUCUCGCUGUAUCCUUCAGAACACAAAGACUGAGAUGGCAGAUUGUUUGAAAGUUUGUAUGAAAGGAGCACUAGACAGGUGGUACAGAUAUAAUCAUAGCUUUCCAGCACGCAUCAUCGUGUAUCGUGAUGGGGUUGGGGAUGGUCAGCUCCAGACAAUUGUAGAUUAUGAGGUCCCACAGCUGCUGAGCAGUCUCAGAGAUUCCAAUUCUGGUUACAGCCCCAAAGUGUCAGUGAUUGUGGUGAGGAAGAAGUGCAUGCCCAGAUUCUUCACUGAAAUGAACGGAACACUGCAGAACCCACCACUGGGCACUGUGGUAGAUUCAGAGGCAACACGUCCGGAAUGGUAUGACUUUUACUUGAUCAGCCAGGCUGCUCAUCGGGGAACUAUUACUCCAACAUAUUAUAAUGUCAUCUAUGAUGAUAAUGGAUUGAAGCCAGACCACAUGCAGCGCCUGACCUAUAAGUUAUGCCACCUCUAUUACAACUGGCCCGGCUUAAUUAAGAUCCCAGCACCAUGUCAGUAUGCUCACAAACUGACCUUUUUGGUGGGACAGAGUAUCCACAGAGAACCCAGUAUGGAGUUAGCGGACUGUCUUUUCUACCUGUGA